ACUUCUGACGUAUCUCUGACUGACAAUUUGUGAAACAUCCACGUUUGAAAUACGCCUCAACUGUGAAUUUUCCCAACUCAACAACAAACUCUGACAAAAACCAUGCCCGGAACAGCUGUUCACGAAUCAGAUGAUGGCUCCCCGCCUUGGUAUCGCUCCACCCGAUACUUCAUAUCCUUCAUUGGCUCCUUCGGUAUGAUAAAUACGUUCCUUCAGCGGGGCGACCUCAGCAUGGCUAUUGUCUGCAUGGUCAACCACACUGCGGUGGACAUCCUCAAAUAUGGUCAGUCAGUGAACGGCAAUGUCAGCAUCUUCAUCAACGACACCAGAGGACUGGACACAGGAGGCAACGUGAAUGUAUCUUAUAUGACCUUUGACAGAGGAGACACUUCUAAUGUUACUGAUGGAGAGCAUUCACAUCAUCCUUGUGACAGUAAAACUGUUAAUAUACAAGAACGUGAGGAUGGGGAGCUGGUGUGGGACAAGGAGACACAGGGCCUCGUGCUUGGUGGGCUUUUCUGGGGCUACAUGACUCUCCAGAUUUUCUGCUCAUUCAUUAUACAACGAUGGGGAUCAAAGAAAGUGGUGGCGACUGGGAUGUUCUUCAUGUCAAUACUCACGUUGUUGACGCCGGUCACAGCAUGGUGGUCCCCCUGGGCAGUGCUCGUACUCAGAGCAAUGAUUGGUGUCUUUAACUGGUUCACAAUAAAUGGGAUCUUCGCUCUAUGGGGUAAAUGGGCUCCCCCGACAGAACGGAGUCGUCUUAUAUGCAUCACAUACUCCGGCACCAUGUCUGCCACGGCUCUGGUGUUUCCUCUCUCCGCUUUACUCUGUAAGGUGAACUUUGCUGGAGGCUGGCCCACUGUAUUCUAUUUCUACGGUGUUAUAGGUAUAUGUUGGACAUUUAUCUGGAUCUACAGUGUGUACGAUGAUCCUGCCCACCACCCUAGAAUACACCCAAAGGAACGGCGGUAUAUAGAAGCAGCUCUGGGAAAGUCGUCGAGGAAAGGCGUUUCAUUGCAGGUACCUACACCGUGGAGGACUAUUUUCACGUCCUUGCCAUUCCUUGGUAUAGUAUGUGCUCAUGUGACCUAUAACUGGGGGCUCUUUCUCAUGAUGUCCAACCUCCCCACAUAUAUGAUGGAAGUACUGCGCUUCGACAUACAAUCGAAUGGCGUGUAUUCUCUCAUCCCGUACCUGGCCAUGCUUCUGGCGAUCCUGCUUGGAUCACUGUGUGCCGAUACUCUCAUCGAGAAACAGCUACUGAGUGUAAACUAUACCAGGAAACUCAUGACAAUAGUCGGCCAUUUUAUUCCCGGACUUCUACUGAUAGUACUGAGCUAUCUGGACUGCACCCAGAGCCACAUCGUUGUGGCCCUACUGACGUUAAUCAUUGGCCUCGGCGGUCUGGCCUACUGUGGUCUCUUCGUCAACUUCUACGACAUAGCGCCUGUGUUUGCUACCAAGAUAAUGAGCGUCUCCAACGCCAUUAGUAUGAUGCCCGGCAUACUGGCUCCCUAUGUCGUGGCUGAGGUAACAAAAGAUAAAACUAGAGAACAAUGGCAGAUAGUAUUUUUCUUGACUGCUGGUCUGCUAGGAUUGGGAACAGUUGUGUACCUGAUUCUUGGACAAGGUCACGUACAGAAGUGGGCGGUCAUCCGGGAUGCGCCAGAGGAAGAGAUAGCUCUUCCUUCUUGAUGACCAUCCUUCAACAUGCUACCACUGAGCAUGUGAUUAUCAACAGAUACGGAUAAUGUUUAUACAAGAUAAAGUCAGUUAUGCGCUGAUGAACGCCAGAAAGUUCUGGGAGAUAUUACACCAAUUGGCAUUACUGAGCUAGCGUCACCGGUUCUGAUCCUGUUGUAGGCGUCGUAUAUUAGUAUAACACUACAACGCUACUAAAAUAUAUGCAUAUAGUUCAUGUUUAAGGACCUACACUACAUAUACUGAUCAUUUCAUGGACAUGGACUAUGUGAAUAUAUAUUUAUUGUAUUGUAUGCACUACAACUCCAGGAGGGGCUCAUAUAUCAGUGUAUUAGGUCUCUCGUCGAUCUUAUUUCAGAGUUGUAUUUACAAAAAAGAUAGUGUUUGUUUUAUUGUCACCAUGUCGUAAUAUAACAUGUUAUUGUCGUAAUGGAGAACGUUUUUGACAUUGACACCUUGUUGUAGAAUCGUUCAUACCCACCUAUACCCAACCUCUUGUCGGUGUUCCAGUGUGGAAGAUGUUCCUUCUGGUGUUUGUUUGUUUGUUCGCUUGAUAUUUAACGCCGCACUCAGCAAAAGUCCAGGUAU